AUGGGUUCAAAUAAAUGGUUUCAAAUAAAUGGUUUCAAAUUUAAUAGACUUUUAGAAGUAAAUAAAAGAAACCAAAAUAAUUAUAGUCAUAUAAACAACUUUUCGGAGGACAGAAUAUCUUUAAAAGAGAUUUCCAAUUUAAAUAAUUAUCUUGAGUCUUUGAUAAGAGACGAUAGGAAUUCUAAAUUAAUAAUUAUAAAAAAAAAAAGUUUAAAUUCAAGAAUAGCAAAAAAUGAAAACAUAAGGUCUAAUGAUGAUUCAUUAUUCAAUUCAAAAAAUUUCGAUAAAAUAAGCAAGAAUUAUAAUUAUAAUAAUGCUAGAAUUUCAAAUUUUAAUAAAGUAGAUAAGAAAAUAGAUUUAGAGGAUUUUUCUCAUGUAAAUUCAUGUAAUACAUAUUCUACUUAUAUAAAACAAUCUAAUGAAGAUAGAGAAUCCUAA